UGUCAGGACAUGAGCGAAAUGCAGGCCUGUAAUCCACGAGACUGAGGUCUCUCAGAAUUGCCCUGCUGCUCACUAACAGCGGAGGAUUCAAAACUUGCGACAACGACAGGACAACAGGCACCGUUACCUCCACGCGGCGGGGUCAAGGCAGUGAAGAAAGCUGGUUCCGAGUUCAGGAUGCUGCACCUUGGACUUCACAGGAUUCUGGCCUGGAAAUUGCCUGGAUGGAUUAGUAAGACUGCCUUUUGUUCCUAUUUCAAAUACUGCUCUCUGAAGAUUGUGACUGUUGUGGGUGGGAGAUGACUACAAGGUGAGAUCAUGGGGUGCACACCUUCCCACAGUGAAAUUGUUAACAGCGUCGCUAAGAGUGGCAUCCAGUUUUUUAAAAAGCCCAAAGCAAUUUUGCCAGGAUGUCAGGGGGACAGUGAGAAAUGCUCUAUCCCGUUGCUGGCUCAAAGCUCCGCCUGCUCUGACUCUGGGAGGGGCUUGUCCCAGGGACAGAGGCCGGCGGAGGACCAGCCAAGUUCCAGAUGGACUCAAACCAGAGCUGAAGGUCUUUCUCAGCUCAUGAGAGAUCCCACUACAGGCAAAAAGAAAGAUGUGGAAGGACUGAUCCCAGAAACCAGAACCUCCCCAUUGCAGCUGAACAAAUCAAAAAGUCACAUGGCUAAGGACAUUUCAUUCAAGACACAGACCCAUGAGUCACAAGGGGCAGCCUUUUCUGGGGAAGAGAGUGAAGAAAGCAAUUCCCAGGAGACCUCCAAAUGGGAAAGGAAGCCAAAAUGCCACAAGUCAGGCAAACAGGGCCAUUGCUGCCAAACUAUCUUUCCUGCUCACGGGUCUGAAGUCAAAGUGGACUUCCCUGAGCCCCUGGUAAAGGCCCACCAGCACGCUUACACCUAUCUGCACUCCUGCCUCUGCAAAUAUGAAGCAAUUCUGCACAUCACCCAUCAGGCCACCCAGACCCAGGAGCUGCUGCAGCCCAUGGUCAGCUUCCUGCUGCUGUGCUUUGAUGAGGUCAACCAGCUCCUGGGGGAGAUCUCCAAGGACGGAGAAGUGCUCCUCCAGGAAGUCAGGGAGGAUCUGGCUUGGCCGUUGAAGAAAGGAGAGCCCCAGGAGCAGCCAGAUCUCCUGCAACAGCUUCUGCAGUACACAGUCAGCAAGCUGCAGGUGCUCAGUGGCGCAGUGGCCUCACUCACCGGCAGCUUCCUGGAGGGCUCCAGCAGCUACCUCCACACUACCGCAAGCCACUUGGGAAAAAAGCUGAGCACGAAGAGGGGUGUGGAUGAACGCCUUCUAAGGGCUCUGGGGCAACUGGAGAACUUGGCAAGUGACCACAGCGACCCUGGAGUACAAGGUCUACCCUUGUGCUCUGAGGACAGUGGCAUUGGUGCCGACAAUGACUCCGUGCUGCUGGCGGACAAGCUGGGCAAGCAAGCUAGCUGGGACUUAGGGCUGGAGCCUGCAGACUGGAAGUCGGGGAUUUUACCCCCAGUGGAGUCCAGGCUGUUGGGACAUGCCUGGCAGCAAAGUCCUUUCCAGAUGGGUUCAGACAGACCCCAGGACUGCCCACUCUCAAGGCCUCUUACAGCAAAGGUUCAGCCAGCAGCACAGGGUGGAACAGGGAGCCCAGGCCCCUCCAGCACCAGCCCAGAAAAUACCACCUCCAGGCCUCUGGGGAUGGGCAAAAGCAAUCCACAUGAAUCCCUUGGGAUGGAGAUCUCUGUGGAAGCACAUCUUCCUAAAAGCUCCAGGUUGAUGGACACACCAUCCCUCAGCGAAGGUGAGGACAGCAGCCCAGAGGAGGAGGAAGACACUUCUUACCCAAGGCCAAGGUCUUCACCUGCUGGCCCAGAAAGCACAUUUCAGCUACAUCCCGGGAGACUCAGGAGCCCCCAGGCCCAGGAAAUGAUUCUGAAGAUGAAGGAAGCCAUCAGUGAAAGGAUCAAGUUUGUCCCUUUGCCCUCUGGGCACCAGGACUGGGCUGAGGAGGAGGAGAGGAGGACAGCAGUCCCACCAAGACCCAGCACGGUCAGUGGCAGCAGGAGGGAGCCCGAGAGGCAGAGGAGGUCCCAGUCAGAGGGGUGUCUGAAGAGCCACAUGGAGGACACCACUCUCCAGGAGCUGCGGAGGGUCCAGAGAGACCUCAGCCAGAGGCUGGAGGCGUUUUACACCCUGGGCACCCAGCGGCAGGGGCAGGGCAAGGAGCGGGUUCUGCACCCCAGAGCAGCAGCUAGGAGGCCUGACAACAACUACAGGGUCCCCCCGAGCAACACCAUCAGCAAGCUGAAGGCAUCCUUCACCAAGAAGUUCAGCAUUUUGCCAAGUCAGGACAAGAGCAUUUUGCAGAAAUGCAGUCCCCCCCCGGAAGGUGAACAGCCCUGGCCGCCAAAAGCUGAGGGGCUUCCAAAUGCCAUCCCAUCAGGCGAGAGGGCUAGUGAGGCUCCCGGGGCCAAGGACAGGAACAUCAGGGGCCAUGCCACUAGAACAUCAGUCAAGAAACUCAUUGAAACUUUCAGUCCCCCUGAGAAACUGACAACACUGGGGGAUUCUAAGGACUCUGGGUUGAACUGCCUCAGGAAGUGGGGGGUCCCCAUCAUGCCUCCCAGAUUUCCCAUUUACAGGGGGCUUGCUCCUAUGUAUCCAAAGCCCCAGAUUUCUCCAGCAGCAGGCAGAGACUCUCUCAAGUUGGGCACAGGCUGGAGGUGCUUAGCUCCAGUCUUUCCCCCUCUGCUCACAGCAGAAGCAUCCAAGAGCGAGGACCUUAACUGUGAAAUGCAGGAGGACCCAGAGCAUCUCCCUCCACCACCUCUGGAAAUCCUGAUGGACAAAUCUUUCGCUUCUCUGGAUCCCCCAGAAAGCAGCAAUCUGAGGAGGAGCUCCCUUGAAGGAACCCACGUGCCGGGGCUGGGAAGGGCUGGCCCUUCCGGGAGAACGUGGGCUUCCUCAAAGCUCAGAGCCUCCAUGAGCCCCACUGACCUGCUUCCCAGCAGGAGAACUGCCACCCUCACCGGGCCCCGCAGUGCAGGGCCAGGGAGCGGCAAGAGUGGGUGCAAUACUGGAAAGCUCACCUUGGACCUGAACCAUCUGCCAGCAACCAGCCAAAACCCAGAAGUGGAGGGUAGCAGGGCUCCAAGUCAGGCACGAGCGGACAGGGCUGCAAGCCUCUCCAAGCAUCCCCGGAAGGCAGUCCCCUGGCAGCACUCCAGCCACAUAUCUGGGCAGACCAGGACCUCAGAACCCAGCCUGGCCAGAUCAACACGAGGGCCACGUUCUCCGGAGGCUCUAAGACACAGCCAAGAGAGAAGCCCCCCAGUGAUCAGAAAGGCCUCUCCCACAAGGGCACACUGGACACCCCGAGCAGACAAGAGUCACCCCAGCCUGCCCUCCUGUCACAGACAUGCCCAGCCAAGUGUCCCCUCCACGCAUGGCUCCCCCAGCCCACCACUCAGCCCUCUGGCAAGCCCCAGGGUGCUAAGUCCCCCAACAGUGAAGAAAGGAGCUUCCCCACCACCCCAGCACAAGCUGCCGGGCCCUCCCCUGGUGAGCUCACCUGCUCAGCACAAGGUCUCCAGCCCCCCUACCCAGCGCACAGAAGCACGUUCUCCUGCCUCUGGCCCCUUCCUAUCCCCCACAGCGUCCCCUAGUCAGGGACUCAAGGAAACAAGAGAUUCUGAAGACAGUUGGGAGGCCCCAGCCAAAGCACCCGGGAACACGUGUUCCAUAUUCUGCCCAGCCACCUCCUCUCUGUUUGAAGCGAAAUCACCAUUCUCAACAGCCCGCCCACUCACCCCACCAUCACUGCCACCUGAAGUUGGGGACCAUGGUGGGACCCCCACAGGAUGCUGGAGGAGCAGCUCAGGGCCACGACUGAGGGGGGACGCACAGCGGGGAAUGGCCCUGUGUGCCCUCAACCCCCAGCCCUUCAUCAGAAGGACAGCCUCUGACCGCCGGCCAGGCGUCCGCCUUCAUCUGCCUGUCGCCGGCACCACCAGCAACACUUGUGACUCCCACCUCGGCCAGAGCAGCAGCGGUGAGGAGAGCCCUAAGAAGGAUGCAGAGCCGUGGAGCAGCCCCUGUGCCCCAGAGCUGAAGGGCAGCGGCAGGGGCGCAUCUCCCCCGGAGCUCUGCGUGCUGGGCCACGGGCUGCAACGGGAGGCCAGCACUGGCUUCAGCCAGGACAAGCCCCAGCAGAAGGAAGCGGCCUGA